AUGGAUGAAAAUGUACACGACAGCAGCGUGGAUGUGCUACUUGUAGAAGACGCAAGGUACGCUGUGAUGAAAGGCAAGGAAUAUGUGGUAACUGCAUGCGCCUCAAUAUCGAUUGUCUCUGGUACCCGGCAUCAGAGCUUCUCCAACGUUCGCGACAUUGUGAGGCAUGAAGCAGAAGCCCCACAGAUUCAAGCCGAUCUUCCUGAUAGAUCUGAAUUGAAAAAGCUACUUAAUGUCUAUUUUGAUGGACCUCACAACUUCUACUUCUACACUUUCAUCCACAGACCGACAUUCCAACAAAAGCUGGAUCGAGGCGCAAUCCCGGAUUAUCUUCUCUUAAUUGUGAUUGCGACAGGCCUCCACUUCCUCGACCCCAAGGAUAACCGGGCGGACCUUUGGGCAGACAAGAGUCGAAGUCUCAUCAUGAUGGACAUUUUCUCUCCGCCUUCGACAACCACUCUCCAAGGGCUUCUACUACUUCAACGCUACGAGUGGCAUCGGGCCUCACAUAUGAAUGCCUGGGUGCUUUCAGGAUUGGCAAUUCGUAUUGCGCAGGGGCUCCAACUGAACCUUGAAAUCCCAGACGAGACGCGCACUACAACCACCGUCCGUGAGACACGGAGGCGGCUUAUGUGGAGCUGUCUUGUGAUGGAAUCGAUGAUCGAGACCGGUCGCAGUCCCCUGAGCAGACUCAACCUGAGCUCGAUCGAGGUUCGACUCCCAUGCGACGAAACAACGUUUCAGUUAGCUUUGGAGUCCGAUAUGACCGGACUGGAUCAAUCUGGCGUGGAGAGCUAUGAUAACACUUCCCAUUUUGGAAGUCGCUCAGGCAUCUCGGCGUUUUUAAUAAGAUUUGCAGUACUUCGGCGGGAAAUUUUGAAUUACACCUUGCCAUAUCAUCCCCGAAACCGUGGCCAUACACCACCGCAAGCCCCUUGGGAUACAAACUCACCUUUUUGGAGCCACGAACAGAAGCUGGAGGAUUGGCAGGCUUCCCUUCCGACAGAACUUCAAUUCAAGGAUGAGGUUUUGUAUCGUCGUCACCCGCAGCUUUACAAUUUUAUCACCCUUCACUGCCUAAUUCGUGGCUGUUGGUGUGAUUUGAACAGGAUAGGUUCUUACAUUACAGCGUUAUCUCAGAUGGACGAUGCACCAAGCCUGUUUCUUCGGUAUCCUCAGCCCUUUAUCGACAAUUGUCGACAAAAUCGCCUGCGACAUGCGUUUUCAAUAUGCAAAGUCAUCACUGAGAGUACAACACUUCAGGGGAUAGAUCAUGACCCUGUUGUGGCAGUCUCGGCAUCUCUUGCAAUUCGGAUUCUCACGAUUGAGCGCCGGUUGGAGGAUAGCCUUGCCCUUGGACUAACCGACGAAGAAGUCGAUUUAGUUCUUGAUGCACCAAUACAGUGCGUUAGACGGGUUGCUGAGCGCUCAAAGCCUAUUUCCGAGUUGUUUCAUUCAAUUUGCACUCUUGCAAAACGCAACGGCUACCAUAUGGGUCUGGAAGAUGAGUCUAGUGGUACGACCUCCUCAAAUCGGAGUGGCGGGAUGCUCGGCAAGGCAGCAUCACCUUCACUUCGCACAUUUGGGACAUUUGGAAGAAUUCAAAAUGACAUGGCCUGUCGAGGUGAUGAACUUGCCCCGACUGCCUGCAGUCCCGCCGAUGAAGACAGCGACGUGUUUCACUAUAUUGGGCGUGAUCAAACUAGGCGUCGCGUGGAUGCAGCUACGAUUCAAGCCAACCAGAACCCCACUCCACCGCCCUCAAUAUUUCCUCCCUUCGAGAUGUUUCAACCUAGCUCAGUGGAAAUGGGAAAUGGCUGGGGCGACGGGACACUCAAUUUCUCGAUGAGCCCGGUCCAGCUGGGAUGGAUCAACCAAAGCCUGGACUGGGAUUUGGACUACAAUAACUUUGAUUGA